AUGUGCCUUGAAAUGCAAACUAAUGCUUUACCCUUGACACAGACAUUAAAAGCUUUAUGUCACCAUGAUAGUGGUCAUGGUUCAUUUACUGCAUUUACAGCCACUUUAAAUUCGAAUAGUAUAAAAUGGAGAAAAGGAGAUAUAGUGAAAUACACCCGUGUCCUCACUAAUAUUGGCAACACUUACAAUACCCACACGGGUAUUUUUACUGUAGUUACGGAUGGUGUUUACGCUGUGUCAGCUGCUAUGAUAGGAGGCCCAAAACAUCAAACCACUCAUUAUUCUAUCAGGAAAAAUGGACACGUGAUGGUGUGGCUAUUCACUGGUCCGAAAUUCGACAUGGCAGCCCAAACCAUCAACCUUGCACUGAGGAAAGGAGACAGACUUUGGAUUGUACUGGAAUGGCUUCCCGUUCUCAUUUCUCAUAUUGUACAUCCUUAUCAUCAAUUUAGUGCAGUUCUGAUAAAGCCAGGAAAAUUUUGA